AUGUCUGACGACGAGAAAUCGGUUGAUGAAAACAUGCACGAAGAGCGCAGACCGGCUCAACCAAUCAUUAAUAGAAAUCUAGUUAAUGUUCAAAAUUCUGAACAAUCGGAAGAUGAAGGCAACCAUUUCGGAUUUGUAGGAGGACGACAUUAUGUGAGUAUUUUUAUGAAAUAAUUCGAAAAUAAUUGCAUUUUGAAUGAAAAAAUAUAUGUUCGAUAACUGAAAAUUCGGAAAUCUCAAAAAUUCCUUUUUACAGUUAAUGCCAGUAACAGGAUCAAUUUUCCCCUGGAAUCUUUGGGAGCAUCGCGAUAGAGAAUGA